UCUCCUUCUCCACACUAACCAGUGACCACCCAUCUCCACCUCUGCCUGCAAAACCCUUUCCCCCUAGUCGCCGGAGCUGCUCUGAACAUAAUAUAAUAUGGACCCGAAGCUUCAUGAGGCAUGUGUACGAGGUGACGUCCCUGCUUUCCUGGAUUUGAUUAAAGAAGAUGACCAGGAACUCAUCAAGCAAACCACCUUAAGAACAUUUAAUUCCGUCUUACACAUCGCAGCAAAAUUUGGGCACCUUGACUUGGCAACUGAGAUAGUCAAGCUUCUGCCGGAGAUGGUGUUGAAGGUGAACGAGAAGAUGGAAACUCCAUUGCACGAAGCAUGUAGAGAAGGGCAUGUGGAGUUGAUGAAGCUCUUGUUGGGAACCGACCCUCGAGUUGCUUAUAAGCUCAACCUUCACAACGAGAGUGCUCUCUUUGUAGCCUGUGGUCGUGGCCAGUUCCGCGUAGUGAAGCUCCUGCUGCGUCACCAUUUAUGGCUGCUCAUGUUGGAGGAUGAGAAUCUCACUACUUCCCUUCAUGUCGCCACAUCUGGAGGCCAUUUUGAUAUUGUCAAGGAAAUACUGAAAGCCCGACCAGACAUGGCAUGGAGAAAGGACAUUCAUGGAUGCUCUCCCUUGCACCUGGCCUGCGGCAAAGGGCACUUGGGGAUAACGAGGGAGCUUCUAAGGUUAGAUCCAGACCUGUGUUCCUUACAAGACAAGGAAGGAAAGGCGCCACUUCAUUCAGCAGCAAUCAAAGGGAGGGUCAAUAUCCUUGACGAAAUCCUCUCCACAAGCCUCGCUUCUGCCGAGAUAGUGACCCUACAAGGAGAGACGGUUCUACAUCUCGCCGUUAAGAACAACCAAUACGAAGCUGUCAGGUACUUGUUGGAUACGUUCAAAUUCACCAACCUCUUAAACUUCCCCGACAAAAACGGCAACACCAUCUUGCAUCUUGCAACCACCGGAAAACUCACCGCAAUGGUUACAUACCUAGUCAACAAGACAAAUCUCGACGUCAACGCUCUGAAUCAGAAAGGUUUCACAGCACUUGACGUUGUGGAGGCUAAUGGUAGUAGCUCCGGUGCUCUUCAGCUUAUACCCACAUUACAGGAAGCCGGUGGUCAGAGAUGUGACCAAUUGCCACCGUCUCCACCAAAUAUUAAACGUCUCACCCAAAACAAUCCUGAAAUAUCAAUUUUAGAUGAAAGAAGACCACCUCCUUCUUCCAUUACCAUGGCUCUGGGUUCUCAUCCUGCCAAUCUGCAUCACCGCCACCAUCGGCGGCAACACCAUAGUGACCACAGAGAAAAGCAACAUGAGCUCCACUUUGGAGGCCUGAGAAAUGCUAGAAACACUAUAACACUUGUGGCUGUUCUAAUAGCCACUGUGACAUUCGUUGCCGGCGUCAACCCUCCAGGCGGCGUUCACCAAAGCGAAGGACCGCUGAGAGGAAAUUCAAUGGUUGGAAGGAAUACUGCUUUCAAGGUCUUCAUGGUUUGCAACAAUGUGGCAUUGUUCUCUUCAGUGGGAAUAGUGAUCGUCCUGGUCAGUGUCAUUCCCUUUCGAAGGAAAUCGAUGAUGAAUCUUCUAAUGGUUACCCACAAGGUGAUGUGGGUUUCGGUAUCGUUCAUGGCUGCGGCUUACAUAGCAGCUAUGUGGGUGGAGAUACCAAAUGGCAAGGGGACGAGGUGGGUUCUGGUGGCUUUACUGUCGAUUGGAGGAGGGUGUGUGAUGUCCAUCUUUGUGGGACUUAUGGUAACAUUAACAAGGCAUUGGUUGAGGAAAUUAGAAUGGAGAAAGGAGAGAGAGAUGAGGAAGAAGGAGAGCCCUCACAGUAGCAUAAGUCGUGUGGAAGAGGAGCUAUGUUACUACAAGAGGAAAGGCACCUCUUACUCUAGUAACUCUGAUAUUGAGAGCUCGGAGAAGGAAGGUAUACACCCAGUUUAACAACAACUCUGUUAUUGAGAAGAGUCCGAAUCAGGUUCUCAUACCUAUGGUGCCUGAUCCACACUUGGAUUCCACUUAAUCUCUCUUCUUCUUUUAAUUGCUCUUCACUUUGAGUGGAAUCCAGGUGUGAAUCAGGCAUAUGUUAGUUAAUUUGAAUUAGUUUGUAUAGUGUAAGGGAGUUGUAAUAUCUUUGGUAAAUGGUAAGCGAGGGUGAAUACUUUAUGAGAGGUGUAAUGCAAAAAUUGUAGGAGUAGCUGUU